UCAGUCUGAAACAGUCGCUCUUGUCUCAGGGGGCAUCGUAUGCGAGCUGUUUGGAAAUCCUUUCGCGUUUUAUUUAUGUUUCUCGCCAUUUUUCUCUCUCAUGAAAACCAUUCUGCUGCGCUCUUUUGUGAAGGAGGAUCUUUCUGUAUGAACGAAUCCUCUGCAUCUUGACAGUCGCCUUUUACAGUGGAAUAUCUGUUAUGGGAUUGAUGCUUACAAAUAAUGGUUUUUAAGGAGGCUCAGCCAUGGAAGAUGACUGAACUUUAAGGCGAUAUGGCGACUGUAUCUAAAAAGCUAAUUUGACCCACAAGCUUCAUUGAAGAGCGCUGCCUGUGAAGAAAUCUGGGGGUGAACACAGUGGCUCCCCCCGCAGGGCGUUUUGAGAUACUACAGGGCUUCGAGCAGAGGGUCUGGAGUCAGCAGCCAUCAGUGAAUGGCCACAAGCCCAGACUAUUACAGCACUUAUGACCACAGCCGGACGGUAAGCAACCAAUCAGGAGACAGCGAGAGCAGCGAGGUCACACAGAAGACUCAUGCCAUGGAGGUCAAGGGUGACCUGAUCACAAGCCAUGACCUGCAGGCCGGUCAGGACAGUAAGCAGCGCGUGGAGCGGAUCUCAGAGCUGCAGGAGCGGAGGCGCAGCCUGCAGUCGCUCCUCAACACCCGUCUGUCCGAGCUGCGACGCGUCUGCCUGCAGGAAGCGGAGCUGAUUGGAGAGGUUCCCCCUGAGUUUCCUUUGGAGGUUGGAGAGAGACCCCCGUUUGUGCGCCGAAGGGUGGGCUCCACACGGCACGGUCCCAAACACACAGGGAAGGGAGAGGAUGAGGAAGCCAGCCAGAGGAAGUUGAAGAAGACGCUGUUCAGUGGCGCCCUCCGCAGGCAUAACGACUCCGAGCAGCAGCCGUCUCACGGCAAGAGAACGGUCCAUCGUGGAUGCCACACAGAUAACGCAGUGAAGUCGGAGAGCAGCUCCACGUCAGACUCCACAGGGCAGGACAACGAUGAGGUGUUCUCUCCUGACUGUUUGUCUCCGGCUCGUGCCCGGCUGGCUCAGGAGAGCCCAGACAGCAGGUUCUGUCGUAAGCUCUCCCCCGUGGAGAUCUACUACGAGAUGAGAACGCGCCGCAACUCGGUGGCCAGCUCAGCCAGCCCAAACCGCUCUCUCCCAAGAAGCGUGUCCAACCUGGAGGGCAGGAGUGUUCCUGCCACCCCGCUCCUGUCACGCACAGGUCCAGCCACGGCACACAUCAGGUCAGAGGUAUCUGCGACUAAGCAAUGGUCAGACAAUCCUGAGGCACCGCAGGUGGUGCCUCUUCAGACUCAGGAGGCGUCCUCGUCGGGGUCCUUAGAGCAGAGUGGCUCAUACAGCGCCCAGACGCGGCGCAGCAAUAGCUCUGAGGCACUUCUGGACCGCGCGGUUUCUGUUGACGACGGCGCACCCCAGCGAAACGGGAUGCCAGCAAGGGGGGGACCUUACAAAAGCUCAGAGGCACUGACAGACGGCCGUCUGAGGCAAGCGCAGAGGGGAAGCCCUGACAGGCAACCCGCGGGACACUCUGACCCCAACAGAAACCGCACCUCUGUUGGGGGUCGCACAGGUGGAGGGAACUACAAUGAGAUCCUGCUGGACUAUGUGUGGGGCAAGCAGCAGAAGAUGCAGGCCCAACAGCAGCAGCAGCAACAGCAGCAGAGAAUGCAGCCUCAUGUCAACGGCAAACCCAGACCUUGGCCUGAGGGCUCAUCAGGACCCCCCCUGCCCCAAUAUAAUGGCUUCCCCCCACCAUCUCAGCCUCUGCAUCUCUCAGGUGGACCACCAGCCUAUAGCCCACACAUGCUCCGGGGCAAGCCAGGGGAGCCGCGCCGGGUCAAAGUCACACGGACCAAAUCCUGUGGGCCGUUCAUACCCCUCCAGCAGCACCAGCAGGAGACCAUCUUGCUGUCAGCCUACUCUGAAAACCCACCUGCCACAAACGGCUCCUCCCCCGCUGCUGUGUACUCACAGCAUGGUGACCCGUCAGGCUCACAGAACACGCACAGGCCACUGCCGCAAAUCAACACAGACUCCUCGUCCUCCACGCCAGACGACGCCACUCGCAGCUUGCACAAGGCCCUGGCUUUGGAGGGGCUCCGAGACUGGUACUUGCGGAACACCCUGGGCCACACGACAGUGAAUGGUAAAGGCCAGGAGGGGGCACCCAUGCGCCGGCGCACCACAAACUCGCUGCACGCUUCGCACGGCCCGCACCCUCCUCUCACCCACCAGCCGAAAUCUUUCCAGGGUGAUGCACCCCACUACUCCCAGUGCCGCAGCUCCCAGCUGCCACAGUCCCAGACCUUUCACGGGCAUCCACUUCACGGCAGGUCAGUGGAACUGUCUUUGUAUCAAGACAGCUUUCCCUCCAAGAUGCAGGAGCUGACCCUCAAAGAGUCCAGUGCCGAGCGCCCCAGCCCAGGCACCCUGGUCUGACAACCACCUCACGCAUGAUAUGCAGACAAAAGCACAGACCGUAUCCAACUCACCACUUCCACAGUAACUGACAGGUGUGAGUGGAACUUGGAGUAGGUGAUGGAGAUUCAUUUUUUUGGACAUUCUCAAUGAACGGAGAGUGGAGGGUGAUGAACAAAAUGGGAGGGGUGUGAAAAGUAAUAUGUUGCCCUCUCAUGAUCCCUGAAACAGCACUGAAAUUGUCUACGUAAAAAACAAUCCCACUAGUCAUGUUGGUUUCUUUCAUGAGGAAACCUUUUAAACUAAAUGCCAAUGCUUCUAGUCCUGCAGUUCAUCAUCAAAAUAAGAGUACUUUGGAUAUUAGGACACCUACAAAUCACUCCAAAAUAACAGCUUUUUUAGUGAAGAGAGGAACUUAAUUAUUCACUCAGUCUGGGCUUGAGACGUUCUCUUAGUAUUAACAGUACAGAUUAAAGUUUUCAUAAAUUGUCAAACUACUUAAUGUGUUUGAAAGGCAGUACUGCCAACCCUUCAACCACUGAAAUACUUCCAAGUAUAUUUUGCAAUCAUUUUUAUAUGUAAACUAACUAAUGCACCCGUUUGUCUCAGGCAGAUUACUCUAUCCCUAUUUUUGAAUAUAGUAUCAAUAUUUGCUGGCAACAUUUGAAUGAAAGCUAGCCAAUAUUAAAGAAGCAAUAUUAUUGUCACAGAAAUUUGUAUGAAAUACCAAAAACUAAAUACAUAAUUCAUAUCCUGGCCUAUGUGGACUUGUAAUAUAAAAUACAUUUGUAUGAAUGUAGUAUGAAAUGAUGAACAGCUUCAUUAAAUCAUCUAAAUUAUUAGUAUUUAAGAGUAAAUGGAUGACCUUUUAUGGCCUGGCAUAUGCUAGAAAGGCAAAAACAAAUGGAUAUUUUUUGUCAAUUGUUCCAGAUCCAGAUGUAUCCAUCUUUCAGCAGAAAUGUUUUAGCUAGAUUGGAAUGCUUCAGAUACUUAGAUUUCUACAGGGACUGCAUUGUGUCGUGAGAAUACCAGCCAAGUGACCUGUACAGUCACAGAGAUUACGGUAUAACCUUGUACAUCUUUAGUUUCAUAUCCACAGAUUAGUGUACACA